GCAGCUGGGGGUGUUCUUUCCUGGCCAAGAGGUGUUUGAGGUCAGUGACAGACAAAAGCUAGCGGCAGUGGAGACAGUCAGCCAUGUUUAGACAAGCACUCAGGAGUUUUAGCACGGGUCGUGCGUUGCUUGAGUCCUCAUGCAAGGAGGGUACCAAGAUUAACUUAAACGUUUACAAGAACGGUAAGCCUAUUGUUGCGUUGAAGGACGAGGAGUACCCUGAAUGGCUUUGGGGCUUACUCGAUAAGGACCUCCAGAUGGAGGAGUUGAAAAACUCCGACUGGUUCAGAUACAACAGAAAGGUCAUCAAGAAGCAGAACGUUGCACGGAUAAAGAUGAACAAUUUCAUGCAGAAUAUGAAAUAGUGAUCGGGCUUCUCUUCUCCUCACUGGUUCUUGUAUAUAGUGAGGGUGGAUGCAUCCGCGGAAUGGAUUCCACAGAUGCAUCUGUCCUGUAUUUAGCUCUUCUAAUAGCUGGCUACUAAUAUAGUACAUUAUAGAUACGACACAGGGUAGUAUUCCGG